GAGUUCAUAUUCUGUUGCAGAAGCAGUCUCUUCAAAGCUCCAUCCAUCUCUCUCCCCCUCCCUUUGCAAAUCAAAUCAAAAUCCUAUGAAACCAUGUUGGGACUCAGAGAUAUCCUCCUCAUUGCCCCAACUCCAACUUCCUUGCACCACCAACAACAUCAACCCAUUUCCUCCGAACACCACACAGCCCUCCCUCUGCCGUCCUCCGCCGCUCUCGGCGUCGGCCUUGGAAUCUUCCCUCUUCUCACCGCCACCCCACACGCACCAAUAGCCGAGGGCAACUCUGACACUUCCCACUUCUGGGGACUCAGGAAGUGCCAAGACCCCAACUCUUCGAAGCAGGACAUGCUCAACUUUGGAAACCAAAACCAUGGUGGCGCUCAGCAGCAUGAACAGGUUGUGGACUGUCAUGGCAAUAAUGACAGAGACGGCGCCGGUGGUGGCAAGAGCUCCAAUAUGAAGGCUUGCAAGGACUGCGGAAACAGGGCAAAGAAGGGGUGUGAGUACAGGAGGUGCAGGACUUGCUGCAGAGGACACGGCUAUCACUGCUCUACUCACGUGAAGAGCACGUGGGUACCGGCGUCCAGGCGGCGCGAGCGUCAGAAUAUGGUCACAGUUGCUGUUCCUGGCGUUGGCGGUGGUAGCGGCGGCGGAGAAGGUUCUUCUGGAUCUUCUUCUGUUGCCAAAAGACCAAGAGUUGCUGUUCCAUCACAGAAUGCAAAUGCAAAUAUCAAACGCUCGUUGCCGGAUAAAGUUCGUGCCCCUGCAGUUUUCCGGUGCCACAGAGUCACCGCGAUCAGUAACGGCGAAGCUGAGUUAGCGUAUCAGGCGACGGUGAAAAUAAGCGGCCAUGUUUUCAGGGGGUUGCUGUAUGAUCAUGGGGUUGAUGAGAACAACACAUUACCGUGUAUUUCACAACCGAAUUUGGAAAGUGAUACAAACCAAAGAAAUGCGGACUCUGCUUCUACUCCGACUGUUCCUCCAUCAAACAAUGCCUGUCCAACCUCAACCAGCUGAAGAUUAUUUGGAGACAUUGCAGAACCCGUUUGUGCUGCUCCUUGAUGCUUGAAAAGCCCCUCAGCUACAUCCUUAGUUUUGCUACAAUUAUGUAUAAAUAUAGAAGGCACACACGCCGUAGAGAUGCGAGCAAAUACCCGGCAGUCCCCUUUCCGGCUGUUAGAACUUUGUUAGUGUUGAUAGCUUCCAUGUAAUUUACCUCCUGAAAAAAGAAGUAGAAUGUAAACAAGACGCCAUUUUGAUUCCAUGAAAGUGUUGGGACAAAAAGAUGCUAGAAUGUUGCAUGAUGUGGCGAUCGAUGUGUAUCAAUCUUUCUGUGAGCAGAAUGCAAUGCGGUGCAUACGUUCAA